UGUUUGGACUUCUUAGGUGGCUAAGGAGCCAUGCAGUCAUUUUAUAUUUGAAGGUCCUCCAGGAGUGGGGAAGAAAACUAUGGUUUUGGCAUUUUUAAGAGAUGUCUUUGGACCUGAGAAGUUGAAGACAAAUAAUGAGUUGAAGAAAAUUGAGCUGAAGGGUGAAUUCAUCUCCAGCAUUGACAUAAAUGUGAGCAUAUCUUCUCAACAUGUGGAGGUAAAUCUGUCUGAUUUGCAUGGGUAUGAGAAGCAUGUUCUAGAGUCUUUUAUAAAUGACCCCCAUACACCAUCAGGCAAAGCUGUACAUUGUGAUCGUACUAAUUGCAGAGCGAUUGUUAUCCAUGCGGCUGACAAGCUAUCAACAGAUGCUCAACAUUAUCUUCUUUGGCUCAUGGAGAAAUACCAAGGUUGUAACAAGAUCUUCUUCUUCUGCUCUGAUGCCUCAAAGCUUCAAAUCAUCAGGCAUCUUUGCAAGAUUGUAAAACUUCUGCCAGCUUCAGAUAGUGAGAUUGUUGAAGUUUUGGAGUUCAUCGCUAAGCAAGAAUGCAUAGAUUUACCCCAUGACCUGGCAAAGAGAAUCGCAGAGAACUCAAAGCAUAAUCUUCGACAAGCAAUUCGUUCAUUUGAAGCAUCCUGGAAGUCAAA